UUAUUUUUAACAGGAUUUUACUGUGACGAGAGCUUUGGAGUCAAUAAUGUAUCUGUCCUGCAGUCAUGUCCUAAGGGAUAUUAUUGCCCUAAAGGAACUCGCUAUGCCACUCAGUUUCCUUGUCCUGCUGGAAGCUACAACCCAAAAGAGGGCAUGGACAGCUUAAUCAGCUGUCUUCUGUGUCCAGCAGGACACUUUUGUCCAAUUGUAGGCUUAGCAGAGCCUGCAGGAUUGUGCAUGUCUGGGUACUGGUGCAGAGAGGGCUCCCACUCAGCCAGUCCUUCUACGGGAUCUUCAGGAUCACCUUGUCCACUUGGACACUACUGCCCUAAAGGUACAAUCAGCCCUGUGCCAUGUCCACCCGGCACCUUGUCCAACAGUACAGGUCUAAGAAGUGAAGAUGAGUGUCAGCCAUGUCCUGGAGGAUUCUUCUGUGCUCUCACUGGCUUAUCUGUGCCUACUGGCCACUGCUCUGAAGGAUUUUAUUGUACUGAGAAAGCAACAACCUCCAUGCCUACUGAUGGGAGCUCAGGAAACAUGUGCCCACAGGGUCAUUACUGUCCGCAUGGAACCACUCGACCUGUACCAUGUGAUCUAGGGACAUUUAUGACUGCCACACAGGCCUCUCACUGCUGGCCCUGCACUGCUGGCUGGUAUUGUGUGGAUGGGACUCGCUUACAAUGUCCAAAAGGCUUUUACUGCCCGGAGGGGACAGCUUACAAGUGGAAAGCCUGUCCACCUGGCACCUACAGCCCUAAUUCUGGACUGAGUGAGCUAUCCCAGUGCAGGGAGUGUGAUGGAGGACACUAUUGUUCUCACUACAAUGCUACCUCUGUCUCUGGACAGUGUUAUGCAGGUUAUUACUGCACACGUGGAAACACCUUACCCCAGCCACUCACCAUGUCCACAGAUGGUGGACCCUGUCCUGUAGGUCAUUUCUGUCAAGAAGGCACCACUGACCCCCAGCCUUGUCCAGUGGGGACUUUUAGUAAUAGGACCAAAUUAACUUCAGAGGACAAGUGUGUUCCUUGCUCUCCUGGUCAUUACUGUGACACCCCUGGGCUGACGGCUCCCAAAGGGGAAUGUUGGGAGGGUUUCUACUGCAGCCAAGGAGCUUUGCUGCCUAAUUCUUUAAUCAGAGACCACAGAGGAGGGCCAUGUCCUGUAGGAUAUUUUUGUCCUAGAGGAUCCAGUGUGCCACAGUCCUGUCCACAAGGAUCCAUCAGCAACAAUGAGGGCCAAGCCAACUGCAGCCUCUGUCCUCGAGGGUACUACUGCCUGGCCUAUGGCUCUGUUACUGAAAGCAGAGACUGCCCAGAGGGUCACUACUGUCCCACAGGCACCUCCCGGAAAAAUCAGUAUCCCUGUCCUGCAGGGACCUUUAAUCCUUAUACAAGAAUGAGCAGUGUAGAUGACUGUUUACAAUGCACACCAGGUUUUUUCUGCAAGGCUCCUGGUCAGAGUGCCCCAGAUGGACCAUGUGCAGCAGGACACUUCUGCCUUUCUGGGGCUGUAUCCGCAACACCUGAGGAUGGAGUGACUGGGAACCGAUGUCCUCCUGGGCAUUACUGUCCUGUGGGUUUCUCAGUUCCACUGCCCUGUCCACCUGGUCACUACAGCAACAGCAGUCAGAACGCAGAGCUCUCUGCCUGUCUGCCCUGCCCUGCUGGAUUUGCUUGCUCCAGCAGGGGGCUGUCUACUCCUUCUCAUGUCUGCCAUGCAGGCUAUUACUGCCCACAAGGCCAGAACUCCAGUCAGCCUGCUCAAUAUGUAUGUUCACCUGGCCAUAUGUGCCCCCCAGGCAGUUCUAUUCAGAUUUCUUGUGAUCCUGGGAGCUAUCAAAGCCUAUACACACAGGCAAAGUGUUUGCUCUGCCUGCCAGGGUAUUUCUGUACAGGCUCAAUUGAUCCUGAAACAGGGAUUAUGACAGGGACCACAACACCUGUACCAUGUCCUGUGGGGCAUUACUGUCCAGCAGGUACAAAAUCUGGUCAUGAGUUCCCCUGCCCAGCUGGUACUUACAACAAUGAGUUAGGUAUUUCUAGUGUGGGACAGUGUAUUCCCUGCCCCAGUGGAAUGUACUGUGGGAACUCUGGCCUGUCCAGACCCACUGGAGACUGCUCCUCAGGGUAUCUGUGUAUUCAAGGUGCCUCUCAGUCACAACCACCUGGAGAUGCAACAGGAGGGAUAUGCCCGGCAGGCUUCUACUGCCCAGCAGGCACCAGAUAUAUGCAUUCCUGCCCUCCAGGAACAUUCCGUUCAUUAAAAGGGGCAGCAUCUAUUUUGGAGUGUCAGCCAUGUCCACCUGGUCAGUACUGUGCAGACUAUGGACUGAGUUCACCAUCUGGCCACUGCAACCCAGGAUAUUACUGCAGUCUCAGAUCAGUGUCUCCUAAACCGCAUCAUAACAGAAGUCAUGAGAAUAAGGUGUUAAAUACAGAAGAAGAACUCUUCGAUUUUGGUCAGAUCACUGGGAAUGUCUGUCCUCGGGGACAUUACUGCCCCAUUGGGAGUGUCCAGCCAUUAAAAUGUCCUCCAGGAACAUUCCUGAGCCUAUAUGGUGCUGUGUCUGAGUCUGACUGUAAUCCAUGUGUGCCUGGAUUUUUCUGCCCUCAUUGGGGCCAGAUUUCUGUGGAGCUUCCAUGCCCAGAGGGCUGGAUCUGUCCUGCAGGCUCUGCAACUGGACAUGAACCUGGUCAACAGUGCCCGCUCGGCCAUUCAUGUCCCUAUGGUAGUACUAAGCCUACCAUCUGUCCCCCUGGAACAUAUCAGUCUCAACCAGCUCAGCCGUCCUGCCAGACAUGUCCAAAAGGUUUUUACUGCCAGGAAGGUGCAUCUUCUCCUAUUCCCUGUCCAGCAGGAACAGUGAGUCAAGUUGACGGGUUGCAGUCUUUGCUGGACUGCUCCCUUUGCCCUCCAGGAUUUUACUGCAAUAUUAGUGCCCUGACUGCCCCCUCAGGACCCUGUUCUGCUGGCCACUUCUGUUCAUCUGGAGCCACAGAACCUAGGCCUGUCUCACAAAUAUAUGGAGACAUCUGUCCAGCAGGGUAUUACUGCCCUAAACAAAGCAGUGCUCCUUUACCCUGUCCUGUUGGCCACUUCCUGCAAGAUAAAGGAGCAUCUUCUUAUACAUUAUGCUCUCCGUGCCCUCCAGGCAGGUACUGCAUUGCAUUGGGCUCCUCUCAACUAUCAGGUUUUUGCUCUCCUGGACACUACUGUACCGGUGGUGCGGAUACUGCAGCACCAAAGGCCACGGCCAUUCAGCUGACCUGCUUCUGUGACCUCUUGCCAGACUCCAGCUACUCUGAGUAUUAUCUCUGUGCUCAGAGAUACAACACUACCUGCACAGCUCAUAGCACAGAACAUGAAAUAAGAAACUGCAUGAGUGUAAUCUCCAGGCUUUCCUUAGAUAUAGCUCUGGCUGAACAUAAUUCAGAAACAGCCAUGGACGUCACACAAGCUCUAUGCACUGACUUCAAAGGAGAUAUUUGCCCUAUAGGUUUUUACUGCCCUAUGGGAUCGUCAUUGCCUCAGCUUUGUGAUGCAGGCUUUCACUGUAAUCAGACUGGCCUUCAGGCACCUGCUGGUUUUUGUCCUGCUGGUUUCUACUGCCCUAAAGGCUCCUCAGAUCCUUAUGGUACACCCUGCCCUCCUGGACAUUACUGUCCCAGAGGCACAGUUUUACCUCUGCCCUGCCUGCCAGGCACAUUGAGAAGCUCUGCUGGAGCAGCUAACAUAGAGGAUUGUCUGAUCUGUCCAUCUGGAUAUUUCUGUGGCCAGAAAGGUCUAACGAAGCCCAGUGGAUUGUGCUCUGAAGGGUAUUACUGCCCUGUAGGACAGAACUCAUCUCGGCCUCCAGAGCAUAAAUGUAGAGCAGGUCAUUACUGUGAACAGGGAAGUAUGAGUGGUAAAGCAUGUCCUAUCGGCAGCUACCAGCCCAGGGAAGGGCAACAGAGAUGUGAGAUGUGUCCUGCUGGUUUCUUCUGUCCUCAAGAAGGUGUGAUACACCCAGUCCCAUGCAAGCCAGGGUUUUAUUGUCCUGCUUGGUCUGUAAUUGAACAGCCAUGUCCAGCGGGGACUUAUGGAAAUCAGUCUGGCUUAACCGAUUUAUCUGAGUGUACUUUGUGCGAUCCAGGCACAUACUGUGCAGGAGCAGGUAACAUUUCACCGACUGGUAUGUGUAUGGCUGGUUUCUUAUGUUUUGGAGGAGCUUCUGUGCCAUCUCCUAAAGACAAUGUGACAGGAAUGCAAUGCCCACCUGGAUUCUACUGUCUCACUGGGAGAUUUACUGCAACACCCUGCCCUAAAGGCACAUUUAGUAUGCAGAGAGGAUUGACAGAACUAGGGCAGUGCCAGAGUUGCUCCCCAGGCUUCUAUUGUUCAAAAGCAGGCCUGACUGCAGUUAGCGGACCUUGCCUCCCAGGUUUUUACUGCAGUGAGGGAUCACCUAGUGCAGCCCCUGUGUCUGCUGUGUUUGGUGAUAUUUGUACUCCAGGUCAUUACUGUGACAGGGGCAGUGCUGUGCCCACACCUUGCCCGGUGGGCACUCACCUUUCUGAGAAAGGUGGAAAGGGUGCAGAUGGCUGCAUGCCCUGUCCUGAUGGGCUGUUCCAGGACCAGAAAGGCCAAAAAGAGUGUAAACCCUGUCCUCCUGGAUUCCACUGCCCCUCUUCCACCCAGAAAUAUAAUGUCAGCAGCACUCCACUGAUCUGUCCAAAGGGCUAUUACUGUCCUAAUGAAACACAGAUGGCCCGGCCUGUCCCUUGCCCUAGAGGUACAUACAGUAAUACUCGAGGCCUUACAUCACCAGAUGAGUGCCUUGUCUGUCCACUGGGUUAUUUCUGUGGUGAGCUUGGACUUGUCCAGCCCUCUGGGCCCUGUGCCCCUGGAUUCCUCUGCUUUUUGCGAUCCACAGUUCCCAACCCCACUGACAACAACACAGGAGCCCUUUGUCCACCAGGAGCAUACUGUCAGCUGGGGGUCAGAUCUGGCGACUGUUCUCCAGGGUACUACUGUGACUGGGGAUCUAGUAGCCCAGAGCAGAGGCUAUGCCCCACAGGCUUUUAUUGCCUUGCAGGUACAGACAAACCCAUUGCUUGUGGUCCAGGAACAUUCAGCUCAGUCAUGGGGAACAGUGACAUAGAGAAUUGUGAACCAUGCCCAGCAGGCUACUUUUGCCAGGGAGAUGGAGUGGUGAUCCCAGAUGCUUGUCCCCAGGGGUUUUAUUGCCCCCUUGGAACUGUGUUAGGCACAGAGUUUCCCUGCCCUCAAGGAACAGUGCAACCUGUAAUUGGAGCCUCUACUGAAGCUGACUGCUUACCAUGCCCUUCAGGUAUGUUCUGUGCCCUACCUGGGCUUUCUGAGCCUACUGGGCAAUGCCAUGAAGGCUACUAUUGUCUUUCAGGAGCCAUUAGCCCUAAUGCUACUGGAUACAAGAUGAACUCUACUGGUAAUAACAUGUGCCCUCCUGGUCAUUACUGCCCUGCUGGCACUGGCUACCCUCUUCCAUGUCCUCCUGGCACAUUCUCAAGUUCACCAGGGUUAAGCAUGGUGGAGAAGUGCCAAUCCUGCCUGCCGGGCUACUUUUGUGAUCAGCCUGCAAUGACCAAUGCCUUUGACGCUUUACUCUGUGAUGCUGGGUAUGUAUGCCUUGGAGGCAGUCGCAGUGCACGCCCAGUUGAUGGCCUGGAGGGUUAUAUCUGUCCUAUAGGCUAUAGUUGUCCAAUUGGUACCUCAGUAGAAAUGCCAUGUGAGCCUGGCACUUAUAGCAGUGCCCCUGGAGCUGCUCAUUGUCUUUCUUGUCCAUCUGGUAGCAUGUGUCCUUCGUCAGCUACUAAAGAUCCCACCUCAUGCCCUAAAGGUCAUUUUUGUCCCUCUGGCACUGCUUUGGCAUUGCCAUGCCCUAUUGGUACUCUGGGCCAAGUUACCAGGGCUCAAUCUGAGUCUGAGUGUGUGCCCUGUCCGCCUGGGUUCUACUGCAGUGUACCUGGAACCUCUCAGCCACAAGGCCAAUGCCAAGCAGGAUAUUUUUGCCAAAGUGGUUCUUCAGACCCUGCUCCCCUUAACACCUCCAGCAUCAUGAGGAAUGGUCUCUGCCCUCAAGGCCACUUUUGCCCCUUAGGAACCCUCACACCCCUGCCCUGCCCUGCAGGCAGCAUUCGCAAUCUCAUUGGUGGCUAUUCCAUAGACAGUUGUCUACCCUGUCCAGCAGGGCACUACUGCGCCAGUGAGGGUCUUAAUGCUCCCAGUGGGCUCUGUUCUGCAGGCUUCUACUGCCCUGCUGAUUUCUCCUCUACUACUCCGCAUGCCUUCAUAUGCCCCAAGGGUCACUAUUGUCCCCUGGGCUCUCCUGUGGCCUUGCCAUGUCCCACAGGACAAUAUCAGCCCAACCCAGGCUCAGAGAUCUGUAUCCCAUGCCGCCCAGGCUACUAUUGCGAGGCAACCAUUGCAGGAGACCCCUCCCCAUGUCCUCCUCACUCCUACUGCCCAGCAGGCACUAUGGUUCCUCAUCCAUGCCCCGAUGGCACAUACACUCCUCCAGAUGUCAGAGGUCUGCAAAAUGAGAGAGAAUGCCUUUCAUGCCCACCAGGAAAAUUCUGCAGGGGUGGUCAGAUAAGAGGCCUAUGUGCAGCGGGGUAUUUGUGUAUCUCAGGCAGCACAGAUUUCAUGCCACAGGACACAAUCAUCGGCAACAUAAGCCAGUGUGAUUGGGGAGUCCAGUGUGCCAGUCCCUGUCCUGCUGGCUUCUACUGCCCAAAGGGCACCGAGAUGCCUCAGUCCUGCCCUGUUAACACCAUAAAGGAAACCCCUGGAGGUAGCAGCAUACAUGACUGCCUUCCCUGUCCACCAAAACACUGGUGCAAAGAGGGAGAUCCUGAGCUCUACAUGUGUCCUGAAGGUCAUUACUGUGAUGGUAUAAUUGAUUAUGAGUCUGAGGGAAGGCCUGGACCAAGAAAGUGUCCUCAGUUCACCUACAGACCUACCUCUGGUGCAGGAAGCAAAGGAGACUGUCUUCAGUGUCCAGCUGGAACUUUCUGCAAUGCCACAGGUCUGACUGAUUUUUCCAGCUUCCCCUGUCCACCUGGUUAUUGGUGCAGUGGAACAGGCUUGCCAGUUCUCUGUCCUGCUGGCACCUUUAGAACCCAACCAGGGGCAAAUGCUUUCAGCCAGUGCCAACUCUGCACUGCUGGUACAUAUUGUCCUGACCCUCGCCUCACAGGUCAGCCUAACGUUGUAGGAAUUCCUUGCAGAGCUUCUUACCAGUGCCCUAUAGGAUCAGUGGUGGAGGUCUUGUGCAGAGCAGGUUCAUAUUGCAGGCCACAAACUGGAGAACCCACUCCAUGCCCUGCAGGAUAUUACUGCCCUGAAGGCUCACACAUUUACAACACACCUCAGCAAAUGUGUACAUACCCAUUUUACUGCCCAGCUAACUCCUCAAACAUGCUGUUGUGUGGUGGUGGCUUUAUGCCCCGUAAUGUCAGUAGCCUAAGAAUCUCUCAGGAGAGCAGCUGCAUAAUGUGUGAGGCAGGAACCUACCGGUCCAGUGGCUCUCCUCAUCUCCGCUGUCUUGCAUGCCCCCCAGGCUACCACUGCCCUCCAGGCACUGAUAACUACAGCAGUCACCCAUGUCCAGUUGGAUAUGUUUGUCCGUGGGGCUCAGCCAAUCCUGUUGCAUGCCCACCAGGCAGCUAUAGCAACAUUACCAAGGCUGAGCUCAUUGAGGAAUGCCACCCUUGCCCUCCAGGCACAUUCAACCAUUUGUAUGCUCAGAGAGCUUGUUUCCCAUGUGGAAGCUCCUCUGUAUCAUCACAAGGGGCAUCCUCAUGCAUGUGCAUAGGCAAAAACAGGGCAUUCCAACACUCUGAUGGCUCUUGUGUAUGUAAAGCUGGUUAUGUCUUCUACAAUGAACUGGAUUUCAAAAGUUCCAGUGCUGACAGUACUCUAGACUGUCAACCUGAGGUGAGCAAACGCUGUGGAACCGGACAAGUGAGACUGGCUUCCUUACAAGACUGCAUUAGUCCUUCUAAAUACUCAUGCAAUAUUACUUGUGGACCUCAUGGUGGGAGUCUGGAUGCAAGCUUGGGCAUUUGUCACUGUGAGAUGUAUGUCUCUGUGGAGGAGCUGUGUAACUCCUCAUGCUUGUCUGCACUUCCUAUACUAUCUGCCAGACUUGCUCCAAAUGGACAGCUGGUGCUCAGGAUCAAAGCGGCAGAUGAGAGCAAAAUCUGGAGCAGAAAUAUGAUGAACGUACUGGGGCCUGACAGGCAUAUCAGCAGCUUUGGAAAGAUCCACUUUGUCCAGUUUUCUCCAGAUGGAGUGUUUGGAUGGAUUUUAAAGGAUCCUAUACUUAUUGACACUUUUUUAUCUGAACCAUUUGAAAUUCUGGAUGGACAUCCAAGAAAGCGAAGAGACACACAUGAGCUAGGAUUACUGAUCUCAGGUCCUUUGCCACGCAUUUCCAACCCCAUAGCCUGCCUUUCCCCCAAUGACAUGCUCAUAUUUCAGCUUACCAUCAACUACACAAACCGACUCCUCAGCCAUUUUCCAGUCUAUCAAAAGAACCAUCUGUUCAGCAGUAACCCUACUUGGGACUUUGGUGCAUUCAGACAACUUGAACGCCUUGUUAAACAUUCCAAAUUUAAUUCUACCAGAUUUGCACAUGUAUUCAUGGAUCCAGGGAAGUAUGUGUUCCUGGACAAUGCAGUACCAGACUGGAGCCUGAUAGUUGUGGUGAACGAGGAGGGGACUGAAUGUAAUCCUACUGCAGCUGCCUUCCAGCCCACCUCUCCAGCACAACUGGUGCGACAUGGGAUUGUCAAACAACAGCGCCUCAACCUGCUGCCUGACUGGGGCACCAUUGGAGGGGUAUUAGCACUUUUGGUGAUACUAAUUGUCGUGUUGACUCUGUCUGCCCUGCUGUUGAGACCUAAUCAUGACAACCUCAUUGCUAAAGGCAGACCUAAGCCUAAAUGGCGCAGCUUGGGAGAACCUAAUGUUCCUGUAGCAUAUGUUUACAAUGGAGAGUGCAUGGAUAACACUCUACUUGGACUCAGGGGAAUGGGUGAGGGUGCAGAAGAUGAAGAACCUGCUGUGUGCAAAGGGCUCAAGAAUAUAUUCAUGGAGCUGGAAGGCUUCAAUGUGAAAACACUGUACGACAAAUUAGAGGACCAGAAUUUGCAUCUGGCAUCACAGCUGGCUAAGCAUCGCAAAGAUACACAGGAGUUCUACAGGAAUAUCUGUCAGCAGACUGACAUAUUGCGGGAUGUUUUAGAGAACAUGGAGCCCUCAAAACUGAACCAAUGGAAGAAAAUGAUAGACAGUAAUGCACGAGCCAAGAAGGAAUCAUUGUCUGUGGAGUCAUCCAUGGGUUUGAUGGAGGCUCUGUUGAAGUCUUUAGAGGCCGUGUUGUCUAGACUGAACCAAGAGGCCCGGCAUCAACAAAGACAGCAACAACGAGAAAGCAGCGAGAGUCAAAUCCACACCGCAAACACCCAGAUUUCUUCAACUUACAUGAGUGAACUGAAAGUACGGUCUGAAACAGAAGCAGAUUCUUCUGGACCGGGUGGGAGGAAAUGUUUCUCAGUUCCCCCUUUGAGCACAGCACCUUGUGUGAGUGAAGAGGAUCUGGCCAAGCUGGUGGCACUCACACCUCUCACUAGAACUCUGCAGGACAUACAGCAGUCUCUGCAAGAACUCAACCAAAAGUCCAGAGCUCAGGAAGGUCCAAGUUCUUCUACAGCAAUUCCAGAUGACCUGGCAGAAUGGACAUCGGCACAGCUGAUCCCCGUUGCUCUUGACAACCUUGCUCCGAUGCACUUUACAGUGUUCUUGUUUGGUUGCCAUGUUGUACAGCUGCUGUGUCGAGUCUGCUCAUUCCCUCCUGUCAUGCUGCUACUGGCUAAAGUUCUUCCAGUCACACGCACUGAUUCUCUGCUGGCUUGCUGCAACAAAGAGUUUUACUAUGACACAUCCAACCAGAUCCUUUAUAUCCUUGAGAGCAAGCUUCAAAAUGCUGGCCAAUUUAUCUCAGUUCUUGUACACUCUUUGGCCUACAUUAGCUCAGGCUCUUCUCCACAAGAUUUCAUUGGUGCUCUUCACUCAGCUCUAUCUGCCCUGAGUACGCAGUUAUUCCAUCUCUCCUUCACUCAGGGGCAGCAGGAAUGCAUGAUUAAGGAGAAGAACCCAGAUGUUGCUUUCGGAACAAUAGUGGAGGACUUCCUCAGUAUUAAAGUUCCACCAGAAACUCAAUUCUCUCAGACUCUAUUAGCAGAAAGAUUGCAGAAGUAUAAGUACUUCAAAGUGGAGCAUAUACUUCAAGAACAAAAACCCUCUUCAGCAAACAGAUCUGCAGAAGAUUCCCCUCACAAAAGCUGUAAAGUUGUAAAGCAGGAACAAACAUCGAGGUUAAAGCAUCAUCAGCAGGACACAGUAGAGCAGAGACUGAAGGAAAUGAGAGACAGGCUGUCUAACUCUAGAGCAGCACAGAGUACUGUGUGUCAGGAAGAAAUCCCAUCACAAACUGCAGAACAAACCCAUUCAGACAGCCAGUCCAUGAGCAAACACACAAUCAAACCAGCUAACGAUCAGGGAAUGGUUACUGAGCCAUUCCUUAGCAAUAAAAAAAACAACAAAAACAUGGAUGAAGCUGAGGUGGAAAAGGACAUAACGGUUUAAGGUGUUUUAGUAAAAAAAACUACAGUGCUACCAUGUAAUAUAAACAAUUUAAAUUGCUAUGAUGUAUUUGAUCACUCAUUAGCUGUAAAUACAUUUUACUGUAAUCUACUAAACACUUAUUUAUACCGGGUUUUUUUUUUUCAAUAACUUGAGUUAAAAAAUUUGACUCUUAAUAUGAAAUAGUUGAAAUACAUGAAAUUUAAAAUUCUCUAGCAUUUUUGUAAUUUCUGUUUUGUUUUAAUGAAACCUGAUGAUCCAUGUCUGUCCAUCACAGUGUCAUCUAAACAUGUGCUUCAGUGGAUGGAGUAAAACUCAAUAAAAAAUCUAAGACAUUAAUACAAAAAAAAAUACUUACAUUUAAAUAAUGACUUAGAAAUGGCGCAGGAACUUGACUAUUGAAUAAAGACACUGAACUUUUUUUUUUAAUUAAAUAAAAGCAAUCCCAGGUUUUCAGCAUCUUCACUGUGGUGAAAUCCCUUUUUAUGUGUGGUGGCAUGGGAAAAACUAAUGGAAUUAAUUCUGAAAACCAUAGACUUUUAGAUCUUAUAGAUGUUUGUAAUUUGCUCAUAUUUCAACCAGACAUUUGAUAGCAGACAAGCUAUUUGAGCCUGGUUAACUUCAAAACUAAAAAGAGAGAAAAAUCGUGUACCAAGAAGGAGGCUGCAACAAAUGCAAAAGAAGGUAGGGAAGCUUUAUUAAAGAUUUGGAUAACAGCCCAAAAUACUAAGCAGAUUCACUAAAAUAGAUACAGGCCAU